UCCACCUUCUUGUUCUUCUUCACUGGUCUUCCUCGUCCUCGUCUCUCUGUUACUCUCAUCAUCGUCAAUGGCUGCUAAUAAUAACGAGUUGGCAUCCAGUGAAGAAGUGAUCAGACUCCCGGGAGUUACAGGCCCUGAAAGCUUAGCCUUCGACUGCAACGGUGACGGCCCGUAUGUCGGUGUCUCCGAUGGUCGAAUUCUCAGAUGGAAUCGAACUCUUAAACAAUGGUUCGAGUUUGCUCUCACUUCACCACACAGGGACAGGAAAUUAUGCGAUGGGUCAACAGAUCCAAACAAGGAACCUAUAUGUGGGAGGCCAUUAGGACUCAAAUUUAACAAGAAAACAUGUAAUCUUUACAUAGCAGAUGCAUACUUUGGCCUCUUAAUGGUUGGUCCUAGUGGUGGUGUGGCUCAACAACUAGCCAUUUCUGCUAGUGAUGGCUCUCCCCUCCACUUCGUCAAUGCCUUAGACAUUGAUGAGAAAUCUGGUGUGGUUUAUUUCUCAGAUACCAGCACUCUAUUCCAAAGAAGGGAAUACCAAUUGGUAGUCCUUACAGGAGACAAAACAGGAAGAUUGCUUAAGUAUGACCCAAGUAGUAAGAAAGUACAAGUCUUGGUCAAAGGCUUAGCAUUCCCAAAUGGUGUGGCUUUAAGCAAGGAUUGUUCAUUCCUUCUGUUAGCAGAAUCAACUUUUAACAUUAUUCACAAGGUCUGGCUUACAGGUUCUAAAGCCUACAAUUUAGAACUUUUUGCAUUGCUUAAAAGGUCCCCAGAUAAUAUCAAGACAAACAAGAAGGGAGAUUUCUGGGUGGCACUGAAUAGUUACAGGUCAGUGCUUCCAAAUACAGAUCACAAUGAAAUUGUGCAGGAGGAGGAUCAAAAUCCAUGGUGGAUAAAACAAGACCCUGUUGCAGUGAAGUUUGAUGGGAAUGGAGAGACUUUGGAGGUUCUGGAUGGAGGAGGAGGCCAAAAGCUUGACUCUGUCAGUGAAGUUGAAGAAAAUGAUGGGAGGUUGUGGAUAGGAUCUGUUCGUAAAGAUUAUGUUGCUAUAGUCAAUAAUAUCUAGCUUCUCAACAUAAGUUGUAAUCAGAAGGACCUUUCAAAGUAAACAGUAUGUUUCUAUAGUCAAUAAUAUCUGGAUUUUCAUUAUUGUUGUAAUCAAAAAGGACCUUUCAAAUUAAUGCUGCUGCAGUUAUCUAGUUCUCAUUCAUCAGUGAUUGUUAUUAGGGACAGUUAUAGCCAUCUUCAAUUAGCCAUAUAUAGCACACUGUCUGCAUGCUAC